AUGGAUGAGAUGUUUGAUGUGUUCGAGGGCAAGGUGGACGCCCCGAGCGCGAGCGAAGAUGAGCAUGUGACGAAUCGCAAGGGUGACACGAAAAAGAGAAAGGCAAACGCGAUAAACGGCGAGAAUGGCGAUGCUGCGAAAACUGAGGACGUUGACAUGGACGCCAAGACCGAGUCUUCAAAAGACGAAGGAGAUUCUUCUGACGAUGAAGAGUCUUCGGAGAGCGCCAGUCAGCAGGACUCCAAACGAAGGAAGAAGGAGGAUGGCGUUGGUCCUGUCAUGGCAGAUACUUUCCAGACGGCCGAGUCGAGAGAAGUUGCUGGCGCAGCUACUUUCACAGAGCAGGAUUCAUCGCUUGUUCUGUCGCACAAUAUUCAGCAUCAGGUUGCCUUGCCUCCGGAUCUAGACUACGAAUACGUCCCCCUUUCCGAGCACAAGGCCCCAGAGCAACCCGCGCGAACAUGGAAUUUCAAGCUCGAUCCUUUCCAGAGUCUUUCCGUGGCGUCUAUCGAGAGAGAGGAGAGUGUUCUCGUUUCCGCGCACACUUCUGCCGGAAAGACUGUUGUGGCUGAGUAUGCUGUCGCACAGUGUUUGAAGCGCAAUCAAAGAGUCAUCUACACAAGUCCCAUCAAGGCUUUAAGUAACCAAAAGUACCGAGAUUUCGAGGCCAUCUUUGGAGAUGUUGGUCUCAUGACUGGUGAUGUUACUAUCAACCCUACGGCAAGUUGUCUUGUCAUGACGACUGAGAUUUUGCGAUCUAUGUUGUAUCGCGGUUCUGAGAUUAUGCGAGAAGUCGCUUGGGUCGUCUUUGAUGAGAUUCACUACAUGAGAGACAAGAUAAGAGGUGUUGUUUGGGAAGAGACCAUCAUCAUGCUUCCCGACAAGGUCCGAUACGUCUUCCUCUCUGCCACCAUUCCCAACGCUUUCCAAUUCGCCGAAUGGAUUGCCAAGAUCCAUCAUCAAGCUUGUCACGUUGUGUAUACCGAUUUCCGACCUACUCCCCUACAGAACUACUUCUUCCCCUGUGGUGGUACUGGCGCUCGUCUCAUCGUUGAUGAGAAGAGCAACUUCAACGAGCAGAAUUUCAACAAGGUCAUGCAAGAGGUUGAGGAAAAGAAGGGCGCUGACCCCAAUGAUCCUAAUGCUCGUCAGAAAGGAAAGGGCAAGAACAAGAAGACCAACAAGGGUGGUGCUGACAGUGGCUCGGAUAUCUCCAAGAUUAUUCGAAUGACCAUCAAGAAGAAGUUCAAUCCCGUCAUUGUUUUCAACUUUAGCAAGCGAGAGUGUGAGAACUUGGCCAUGAAUAUUUCGUCACUCAGCUUCAACGACGAUUCCGAGAAGGCCAUGGUUCGCAAGGUUUUCAACAGCGCUAUUGAGAGUUUGUCAGAGGGAGAUCGAGAGCUUCCUCAGAUUAUCAACUUGCUACCUCUUUUGGAGCGAGGUAUCGGUGUCCAUCACUCUGGUCUGCUACCCAUCCUCAAGGAGACUAUCGAGAUUCUCUUUCAGGAGUCUCUCAUCAAGGUUCUUUUCGCGACUGAGACCUUCUCCAUCGGUCUCAACAUGCCUGCCAAGACUGUUGUUUUCACCCAAGUGACCAAGUGGGAUGGUGUCAAGAGACGCCCUCUCACUUCAUCCGAGUACAUCCAGAUGGCUGGACGUGCUGGUCGUCGUGGUCUCGAUGCUCGUGGUAUUGUUAUCAUGAUGAUUGACGACAAGCUCGAACCCGACACUGCCAAGGAGAUUGUUACCGGCCACCAAGAUCGACUCAACUCUGCUUUCUACCUCGGUUACAACAUGAUUCUCAACUUGCUACGUAUCGAAGCUAUCUCGCCCGAAUUUAUGCUGGAGCGAUGCUUCCAUCAAUUCCAGAACGCGGCUAGCGUUCCCUCUUUGGAGAAGGAGUUGAUGACAUUACAGCAGGAGCGCGACAACACCAGUAUCGCCGACGAGUCCACGGUCAAGGACUACUACCAGAUUCGACAGCAGCUCAGCGCUUAUACUAAGGAUAUGCGCACUGUUAUCCAGCACCCCAACUACAGCAUUUCCUACCUGCAGCCAGGUCGUUUGGUGCAGAUUUACAACCCCAAUCAACCCGUCGAAGAUGCCCCUAUGCCCGUUGGCCUCAAACCUUUCGGCGACGACGACGACGACGACGUCAAGUUUGCUGUUGUCCCUUGUCUUCUAACUUGCAUCAAGGCUAUUAGUCAGAUUCGUCUUUUCCUACCUAAGGAAGGCCUCAAGUCUGAGUCAGAAAGGGAGACGCUCACAAAGUCUUUGAUGGAGGUCAAGCGCCGCUUCCCCGAUGGUCUGCCUGUUCUGGACCCCAUCGAGAACAUGGAAAUCACCGAUGAAUCGUUCAAGAAGCUUCUUCGCAAGAUCGAAGUCCUCGAGUCCCGACUUCUGGCUAACCCUCUUCACCUAUCGCCCCUUCUUCCUGCUCUUUGGGACCAGUACCACGCCAAGGUUAAGCUCACCGAGAAGGUCAAGGAGACCAAGAAGUCCAUCGCCAAGGCGUACAGUAUUGCCCAGAUGGAUGAACUCAAGUCUCGCAAGCGUGUGCUGCGACGUCUCGGCUUUAUUAACGAUUCCGAAGUCGUCCAGCUAAAGGCUCGCGUCGCCUGUGAGAUUUCAUCCACCGAAGGCCACGAGCUGCUUCUCUCCGAAUUGCUCUUCGACCGAUUCUUCAACGAGCUUACUCCUGAGAUGUGUGCUGCCGUCAUGAGUUGCUUUAUCUUCGAUGAGAAGAUUGAGACAACCCAGCUCAAGGAAGAGUUAUCGAAACCUUAUCGUGAGAUUCAGGCAAAGGCUCGCAUCAUUGCCAAGGUCAGCCAGGAAUGCAAGCUUGAGGUCAAUGAGGAGGAAUAUAUCCAGAAGCUCAAGUGGCAGCUGAUGGAGACGGUCUACGCAUGGGCCCAAGGACGUCCUUUCAUUGAGAUUUGCAAAAUGACAAAGGUCUACGAAGGCUCUCUGAUCCGUCUCUUCCGUCGUCUGGAAGAGCUGCUUCGCCAGAUGGGCCAGGCCGCCAAGGUUAUGGGCAACGACGAUCUAACGAAGAAGUUCGAGGACAGUUUAUCCAAGAUCCGUAGAGAUAUUGUGGCCGCGCAGAGCUUGUACCUAUAA